GUUAGGAAUUAGACUACUUGCUGUCUCUGGGCGUUCUUCACUAACAAAAACAGGAGCAACAAAGAGUUAGUAUAUGACUAUAAUAGUAUUGUAUGUUAUACAUGUAGAAACAUAAAAGAGUUUGUAUGCUUUUAUACGAUAUGCAAAACAAUUGCAAUGAUGCAGGAGAAGUGCGAAUAUAUGCCAAGAUUACGAGAUGGGUUCUUCUUUCCCACUUCCCACGGCCAUAUCCAGCAAUGUUAUUACCAAACAUUCUUUGCCUUUUCCCUGGCUCCAAUCAAUCCCUUUUUCAGCAUUUCUUCUCCCAUAACCAUUGUUCGUCCACUGUAUAUAUACAUGCAUAACACACAUUGCAUAUCUCCAAGACACGAUCCAUUUCAUCAUAUUCUGAGUCUGCCGUUCUGAAGCAACGACAAUGUCGAUGCAGGUUGAUGCAGAGUACACGAAGGAGAUAGAGAAGGCUCGUAGAGAUCUUCGAGCUCUCGUCUCCUCCAGAAACUGCGCUCCCAUCAUGCUUCGUUUAGCGUGGCAUGAUGCGGGAACAUAUGAUGCCAAGAACAAAACCGGAGGCCCCAAUGGAUCAAUCAGGUUCGAGGAAGAGCUGAAACGGCCACCAAACAAAGGACUGGAGAAAGCAGUGCAGUUUUGUGAGGAAGUGAAGGCAAAGCAUCCUCGAAUCACAUACGCAGAUCUUUAUCAGCUCGCUGGAGUCGUUGCAGUGGAAGUUACUGGUGGCCCAGCAAUUGAAUUCAAUCCCGGUCGUAAGGAUGCAGAUUCCCCGGAUGAAGGAGAACUUCCAGACCCGAAUCAAGGUGCCUCGCAUCUAAGAACUGUCUUCUCUCGGAUGGGUCUAUCCGAUAAGGACAUUGUAGCUCUCUCUGGAGGCCACACUUUGGGACGAGCACAUAAGGAAAGAUCGAGCUUUGAAGGCCCUUGGACAAAGGAUCCUCUCAAGUUUGACAACUCAUACUUUGUCGAACUUCUGAAGGGGGAGACUCCCGGGUUGCUACAACUGAAAACUGACAAGGUUCUAGUGGAAGAUCCCAAGUUCCGCUGCUAUGUUGAGCUGUAUGCAAAGGACGAGGACACGUUUUUUGGGGAUUAUGCAGUUUCACACAAGAGAUUAUCAGAACUGGGAUUUGUUCCACCGAGAAAAGUUCCUGCAGCAGUGGCACAACGGGCAUUUGGAGUUGCGGUUGCUGCAGCUGCUGUUAUCUUUACAAUAUGCUAUGAGUUAAGCAGAAGAGGCAAGUGAAGAACAUAUAGGCAACGUGGGACUUUGCAAAUUAAAAAAGAAAAGAAAAGAAAAUACAGAUGUUUUUAUGCAAAAUAAUAUUUGGCAAACAAACAACAUAAGGAUUGGAAAACAAAUAAAGUGAUUUGUUAAUACCUC